GGACAGACACGCACCGCUCAGAAGACGCUGUUGUGUUGUAUUACUACUCUCUGCCAUAUAGAACCUAUUAACUGAAUAUCUUCGCACACGGGAGGAUUUAAUUCCUGAUUUGUCAAGAUGGUCAAAGACCCCAGAAAGCCUAGAGGAAAAAUGUCCUCAUAUGCAUAUUUUGUGCAAACCUGUCGUGAGGAGCAUAAGAAGAAGCACCCGGAUGCCAGUGUUAACUUCUCCGAAUUCUCCAAGAAGUGCUCAGAGCGAUGGAGGACAUUGUCACCGAAGGAAAAGGGCAAGUUUGAGGACAUGGCAAAGCUGGAUAAGGUGCGUUAUGAGCGAGAAAUGAAGAACUACAUUCCUCCCAAGGGUGAGAAAAAGAAGCGGUUCAAGGACCCCAACGCCCCCAAGAGGCCCCCGUCAGCAUUUUUCGUCUUCUGUGGUGACUACCGCCCCAAGAUCAAGGGUGAGAACCCGGGUUUGUCCAUCGGUGACCUAGCCAAGAAGCUGGGAGAGAUGUGGAACAGCUCAUCAGCCGAAGUGAAGGAGCCGUAUGAGAAAAAGGCCGCCAAGCUGAAGGAGAAGUACGACAAGGAUAUCGCUGCAUACCGUACAAAGGGAAUUGCAGGGUUUUCCAAAAUGGACCCUGGUGAGGAUGAUGAGGAGGAGGAGGAAGACGAUGAGGAGGAAGACGAUGAGGAUGACGAGGAUGAGUAAAUACCUCUGGAGCCUGGAUUUGUUUUUUUUUUCAUUUAUGCCAUAAACCCAGCGUACACGAUUCACAUCUUCAAACGUAAUACAAUUGUUAGUCGUGUAUAUGGGCUGUUUUUAAGAUGUACAGUGUUAUUCUCCUUUUGUAAAGUUAACCGUACGUGUUCUUUUUUUAUUAUUAUUUUUAAUUUUAUAUGAUUUUGCUUAGUGGUAGUUCUUGCCUGGAGCAGUAUACGGUAGAGGAGAACUCGUUCUCUAAAUGUGCAUAGCACAGUUAUCUAGUUUGUGUAGCUCUGUAGUGCGUUAUCAUAUUACUUUUUAAAGUUUUUCUUUUGUAUUUGCCAUCAUGAGGUUCUUUAAUUGUACUUUGAAUACCACUCUAAUUACGACAAUGAAGCUUUGUUUUACAUUCAAGAAUGUGUCAAAAUAAACUUUUUUUUAGAAAAA